AUGGCAGCGAAUGCAGCCGCCGCUCCGACGGGUAAGAGGGCAAGGAAAACCAACCAUUUCAGCAACGAGAUGAGAGCACUGGGUCUAGUCUUUGACCUGUCCAAGUUUGAUGAAGGUGUUGGCUUCAUCAAUCACACUCCUGAGCGUAGGUUAGAGUUGUUGGAAAAGAUAAUAUCGAUCUUGAAAUCUAACGAACUUUCUCCGAAGGAAGCCGAGUCGCUCAAGGGCAGAGUGCAAUGGUUUGAAAGUUUCUUGUUUGCCUGGACGGCAAACCGUGCUAUUCACCGACUGGGGAAGAGGGCCCUGAUGAAAGGUGGAAGGCAGGGCCGCAAACUUGAUGCGGAACUAAGAACCUCCUUGGAGUUCCUACAACACAGGGUUGAACAUGGAGCUCCUCUUCAACUAACUGCCACCGCAGAGCGGUCUAUUCUAAUCUUCACAGCUGGAGCCUUUGAUGAAGUGACGGGCAUAGGGUCGAUUGGUGGAGUCCUCUUGGACCAUGAUGGCACCGCACUCAGCUACUUCAGUGAGCGGGUUCCUGACCUGCUGAUGGGACUUCCUCGAAGGGGGUACAUUGUGAUGUAUAUUGGCAACGAAGCCUCUCGAAUGGCCUUGGUCUAA